CCCCUACAGUCUUGCGUCUGAACAUGUCAGUGCAUUUCCAACGGUGACGGGACGCGGCCGUGCUCACGCCCGCCGCCUAACUCGCGCGAUCCACGCAAACUUGCAAACUUAUCGAGAUAUUAACUAAAUAAUCACAAAUAUCUAACAAUAAUAUAAAGUGAACAGUGAGUGCUAGUGCAUUAUAGUGAAGUUCCCUAACAACAAUUGGUACGAGGUUUCCAUUUCUUGAGGUUGCACGGACAACAAGGCUUAAAUGGGGCGAAGGAAAUUAAAUUAAAAACUAAAGUUCCUUGCACGAUACGCAAAUACUGGCACAGACUGCCGAUGUUUGCUCUGGGAACGUUAUCACUUGAUAAGUUAGAACACAAGCCGCGUGCAAACAACGUUAUCAUGGUAACGUUCUUGCCGGGGACUCGGCGCCGCUGCACAGACUCCGCUCCGCUGAGGCGCGCAGAACAACACACCUGAGACACGGGACUGUCUCGUCUUCCACGCCAGCGAAUGGCGCAAUGGAACUACAGCACAGAUAGUGUGACAGUGACAAUUAAUGUGACUAAGUGUUAAUGUUAGUGUAAAUAGGCAAGCCAAAGAACAAACCAAAGCUAAUUAGCUCAAAUUCCUAGUCGAGAGAGAUUUAAGCCGUCAAGCUGGAGGACCUAACGACGUUCGAGAAUACAGAAACAGAUAAUGUCAGUGCGAAGGUGGCGGAGUGCCUGGCGAAGAAUGAGAACCUGUCGAUGCAGGAGUACUGUCCUGCGUACUACGACGGGUUGCUGUGCUGGGACCCGACGCCCUGGAACACGCAGGCCAUCCAGCGCUGCUUCAGCGAGUUCCACGGCGUCCAGUACGAUGACACACAGAAUGCCUCCCGCUGGUGCAUGGACGGCGUUUGGCGCAACUACUCGAACUACGCGAACUGUACGGAACGCAUCGCUAACGUGUCACCGACUGACGUCACGAGCCUCAUCUACCUCGCGGGCUACUCGCUCAGCCUCGCUGUGUUAUCGCUUGCGGUGUUCGUGUUCCUUUAUUUCAAAGACCUGCGAUGUCUAAGGAAUACUAUACAUACCAACCUUAUGUCUACGUAUAUUCUGUCUGCCUGCAGUUGGGUGUUAAACUUAGCUUUACAAAAUUGGUCCGACGAGGCCCAGCAAGAUCAAACGUCGUGUAUGAUUCUGGUCAUAUGUAUGCACUAUUUUUACCUCACUAAUUUCUUCUGGAUGCUUGUGGAAGGGCUUUAUCUGUACAUGCUGGUAGUGGAAACUUUCACAGCUGAAAACAUUAAACUGAAGGUGUAUACCACUAUUGGAUGGGGGGCUCCAGCAGUGUUCCUCACAGUAUGGGUGAUAUGCAGGUGUUUCGUGAACGUUGUGCCUUCCAACGGAGCUGAUGGGCUGGCCUUAGCAGGGGAGACAAAGAUGUGCAUCUGGAUGCACGAGCACCAGGUGGACUGGAUACACAAGGCUCCGGCGCUGGCGGGGCUCGCCCUCAACCUCUUCUUCCUUAUUAGGAUUAUGUGGGUAUUAAUCACGAAGCUCCGAUCAGCAAAUACCCUGGAAACAGAACAGUAUAGGAAGGCAACGAAAGCGCUUCUAGUCCUGAUCCCACUACUGGGCAUCACCAACCUUCUCGUGCUGUGUGGGCCGAGUGACGACUCCUGGUUCGCGCAUGCCUUCGACUAUACAAGAGCACUCAUGCUUUCCACACAGGGUUUCACAGUGGCACUAUUCUACUGCUUCAUGAACACUGAAGUACGCCACGCGAUCAGAUACCACGUGGAAAGGUGGAAAACUGGCAGGACCAUCGGCGGAGGUAGGAGACGAGGCGCCUCCUACUCCAAGGACUGGUCUCCUAGAUCCAGGACUGAGAGCAUACGGUUGUACAGCCACCCAUCUAAACGCGAGUCGGCUGCUUCGGAGACCACCACCACGACUCUGCUGGUGCCAAGAACUUCUCUCUUGCCUCCCCUUGAUGGCAGGCAUCUGCAUGCUGAUUACAUCACGAGCGGGAGCGCGAGCGGCGACCAGUCCCCGGUGUGAGGCGGGGGGCGGGGGAGGCUGCCGCGCCUGCGCACCCUGCCCGAGGAGGACGCCCCCUCUGUCGCCUCUCUCGCCUCCCCCGCCUCGACGUCCCCCAAACAGCCUGACAACACCAUCUCCAUCCUCCCAAACCCUAACUACCACAACGG